CGUACAAAAGCAUCAAAUCUUACGAGGGCUUCAUCAUUCGCUUUGUUAGCCCUUGCAACUAAAACGAUAUAUCAACUCUUCUGAACAAGCCAUGUUUCCAAAACUCGCCAUACUGUUGACCUUGCUGGCGUUGCCAUGGAAACUGGCCGACGCCCAGUCCAACGCCUGUCCUAAAGGAUGCUGGUGUACAGGCCGCACAGUGUAUUGCAACCAUCAGCACCUGACGGCCAUCCCGACCAAUAUUCCUGACAACACCACUCAGCUGAACCUGCACGCGAACAACCUGUCCGUGGUCCCGCACGACGCCUUCGAGCAACACGACCAGCUCAGCCUGGUGUAUCUUCAUUCCAACAACAUCGUAGCUAUCGAGGACGGGGCGUUCUCCGGACUGACCAACCUGAUGUACCUGUACCUGUCCGAGAACAAGCUCACACAGCUCACGGCGGGGACGUUUGGAGGUCUCAACAACCUUGUUUACCUGUUCCUUGAUAACAACUUUAUCGGGAACAUGGAGGGUGGGACGUUCAGUAUCCUGACGAACCUGGUGUUCCUGCACCUUCGCUACAACAACCUGACGGCGCUGCACAACGACACGUUCAAGGGACCCUCCCGCCUCAACUCGCUCUACCUCAGCGGCAACUGUAUCUCGUCCAUUGCUCCCGGUGCCUUUACUGGCCUCCAGGCCCUCCGCUAUCUCUACUUGGACAACAACUGUCUCACGGAGCUACCUAAGGCGUCUUUCGAGAUCUUGUCGGGGCUGUACCGCCUUGAGCUGUCCUCCAACCCGAUCUUAACCCUCCCAGACGAGAGCUUUAAGAACAUGAACCUUCUCAAGUAUCUCCUGAUGGAAGACAUGGCACUGUCUAAGAUAGAGAACAAGGCGUUUGUCGGUCUGAACGAUCUGAAAUACGUCUUUCUUCAAAACAACAAUCUAGUCACGCUGGAUCCGGAAGUCUUCAGGCCGCUGAAAAGGGUUCAAGAGUUGGAGCUGAAUAAUAACCAGUUGGAGGACUUACCGCCAGAGGGCCUUGCGAUGAUGCGUGACCUAACGGUUCUGGACGUGUUCAACAACAGUCUGCAGACACUUGACAGUAGCGUGUUCCCCUCGCUACGGUACUUACACACGCUCAACCUGGACAAAAAUCCUUGGAAUUGUACCUGUCAGCUUAGGCACUUUAGACAGUUCCUUGAAAAUACAUACGUCCGCGCAUACCUGGAGUGCGCCUCACCUGCCGAUCUAGCAGACCGGGAGUUGAAGACGGUUACCGACGAUGAGCUUGGCUGCCCGAAGUCUUCCUCCACUCCAGCGGCUACCACCAGUACUGCAGCCUCAACUAACCCCCAGACACCUCGCGUGACCCAGGCACCUCUCACAACCAAGGAACGGUUUGUUACAGGCGCCGUGACAAAAAUGAAACCGCCACCAAAGAAGACAGUAUCCCCUCCACGUACACCGGAGAGGACGACAGGGCCUUCCCGGAGACCCGCGGAUGCGGACCCGCCUGGGGAUCUCCCGGUGCCCGUUACUCCUCCGCAUAGCGACUGCUUCAUGUACACGCUCUUCCCCAGCGUGGCUAACAUCAGCUCCAGAAGCAUCACUCUACAGUGGGUCUCCACCUUUCCUAACCCGGACAGGUUCCAUAUUCAGUACAAGCCGUUCGGUCCCAGAUACAAGUGGCGGUCGCUGGACGUGAAGCCGGAUGUCAGUCAGUUCGUGAUGACCACGCUAAAGCCGGACACAAUGUACAUCUUCUGCGUGGAGGUAUCCCUGUACGGACUGCGUUGUUCGCACAUCCAGCGCAGCCAGUGCGUGGAGGACGCCACACGUCCCGCGCAGCCGAGCCAACCGGCGGCGACGCGCGGCGGAGGGGGCAGCGACCUGGCGCCGAUCCUGAUCGGGGUGGCGGUGGCCAUGGUCGUCUUUACUGGCUGCACUGUCAUCGGAAUCUUCUGGAUCCGCCGACGGCAGAACCAGUUUAGGAGACGCAAGUUUGAGGAUACAGUGUCGUCCGCAGGUAGCGACACCUGUUCCCAUGGAAGCUACAACGUGACCUGUGACCCCGUGAACUGUGACCCGGCCGACACGCCUCGGCCGUCUGGCUGCAGUUCCGUGCGCGACAGCAUGGUGGAGUCUGAGAUCGGCACCUCCCCGACGGACAAGGACCAGCUCAUCUCCGAUGAUGACGAAGAGCCGAAGAAGAUGCAAGAUGAGAUCCAACCGUAUUUCCUUCCCAGGACAAGCUCCGCUCCUAUAGCCGACACUUUUGUUUGAGCUAACUGUGACUUUUUUUUAAUUUUGCUUUAAGACAGAAGAGAAAAAUGUAGCACUGUACUCAAGUUGGAAAUUUUAUCAGUGGCACAUACACCGGGAUCAGGCAGAAAAUAGAGGUAGCCCAAUGGUCUUUUCAGGCCGUAAGGGCAGUAGGUUGUUAUUCACGGGUUGUCGGGCAAGGUAUUGGAAGGACACUUGACUUGAUUGUAAGGAUGACAUCCUAGCGCUUAUCAAGUUUGCUCCACUUUAACAUGAAUUGAGGCCAUAAUGUGAAUCGUUACAUAGCUCCAAAAAAAUAUUUUUCAAUCCUUGAGCUAAGGCUUUCAAAGUCAGAUUAGAAGAUGUUUGGUAUAUGCUUUUCUGUGUGUUCAGUCAUUUUUUUAUCGUUCCUGAUUACGUAGAUUUUUUAAUGAAGCCAAUUUUUUUUUCUUUUGACUAUGCACCAGUUGGGGGUACCUGAAUGAUUUUCUUCAUGUAAUCAAGUAAGUUAUAUGUGAAUCUUACUGACUCAUCUCUUUUGGCUCAUUUAUUUACGAUAUCAGCUGUUGUUUGUCCCAAGUAUGGCUUAUUUCUAUUGUUAUAGGCAGAUAAAUGCGGAUAUUCAUUUUCUGUUAGGAAUUAAGCUUUUGAAAAACCAUGUGAAUAAUAGGUUAUGGUUUCAGUUGCUUGAAAGGUUAAGUCGUCAAAAAACCUGAUGGUCUUAAUUGUAUUUAGCACGUGUCAAUGACAAUGUUGCAUAACUUUUUUUUAUAUUUGGAGAAAAUGUUUG